AGCCCAUAGGAGAGCUGGAGGAGGGAGGUGGUGAUAAUGACUCUUCAUAGCGCUUUCUCUGUGCCAGGCAGCGUUCUAAAUGUUUUACAUAUAUUAACUAAUUUAAUCUUCAUAAAAACCUUUAGGUAGAUACUAUUAUAAUCCCCACUUUAGAUAUGAGAAAAAUAGGCACUCUCUGAAGUUAAGUAAUUUAUUAGAAAUCACAAAAUUUGGUAGAGCUGGGUGGGAUUCAAGCUCAGGCAGUGGGUCACCUGUGGUGGACUGCGGGCUCUGUCCGAGGGCACUAGGCGAGAAUUCGGGAUUCAGACCGAGCAUCUUCAACGCCUGAGCACAGACUGAUGGGGGAAGCCAAUGAUCAGCUGAGAAGGUAGCCUGCGUAGUGUCCUCUCCCUAGGGUAGCCUGGAUCGCCCCUUCUAGGGAUGGUGCGCCCCCAGCAGGGUCUAGAGACGCACCAGCCAGACUUGUCAGACCAGACUCGCCAGUCUGGACCGACCGCCGGCGACCUCGGACCCCAUGGACCACGAUCCCUGCACCCUGCGCCCCUCACUCCUCCCAUCUGGGCUCAAAAUAAACAUCUGGUUUGACAUGCUGAGUUCUGAAGUAUGCUUGUGUGCAGGGUUUGGUGGGGGGCAGGAAGUGGAGACUUAGCAUCAGGACUGGGAGGAUUCUGGGCUGGAAGAGAUCCAGACAGAGCUUGGGGGCGGGGCUCAUACGCCCAUAUGCUUGUGUGCAGAUAGGGACCAGGGGAGACCUAGGGGCGCUUUGUCCUAAACAGAAAGGGGCACCCGACCCCACCAGGUUAAGUUUUAAAUCCCGCUUCCUUCCUCCACCCCAGCACCGGACCAUCUGCCUGUUUAGAUCUUCCCAAACCCAGGCCUUCUCCGCUCUCUUCCCACUGCCCUGACCCGGGCCUCGCUAGAGCCUCGACCUCCGGCCUCUGCUCCAGUCUCCUCUCCUGUCAAGUCUAGAGCUCCUUAGAUCCUUCCUAUCCGAACUCCUCCCCUGAGCAUUGACAAGUUCCAUUUUACGGAUAAGGAAACUGAGGCUGGGUACAGCUAAAUCACUUGUUCAAGGUCUCCAGGCUGGGUGACCCCACAGCCCAGGUUCUUGGCUACUACUGGGCAGCUGCCCUUCCGGCUAGGGCCCACUCCUCUUCUAGAAGCAAAGCACACGGAGUUUCACAAGACUUAGUCCAGAAAUGGAGAGAGGGCACAAGAUCUAAGGUCUCGUCUCCAAUUUACAAAUGAGGUAAAAUGCGGAUGACCAGAUCACGUUCGCCCCCUGCAGUUCGGAUGCCAGCCUCUCCAUCAUUUCCCACCCGCAGGACUCCCUGCGUCUAGCCACGCAGAGCCACGCCUCCGUCUGCUUCCGCUUCGGCGCGGUGCUUUUUGGCCCCAGCGGCCUCCGUAACCCCGCCCCCCAGAGAAGCGGUCCUCGAGCGCCAACUCCGCCCUCACCGGCAUGAAGCCCCCACAACGGCGGCGAGCUGCCCCGGCGCGCUAUCUGGGGGAGGUGACUGGCACCGCCGUCUGGGGCGUCCGCGAGAAGCGGCAGCUGCUCCGACUACUGCAGACGCGGCGGGGCCAGCCGGAGCCGGACGCCGUCGAGCUGGCCAGGGAGCUGCCGGGUCGGAGCGAGGCCGAGAUUCGAGAUUUCCUCCAGCAGCUCAAGGGCCGUGUUGCCCGGGAAGCCAUUCAGAGGGUGCAUCCAGGUGGCCUAAAGGGUCAAAGAUGUCUGGAAACACAGCCCCCAGCCCCUAUCGAGGUAUGGAUGGAUCUGGCUGAGAAGAUAACAGGCCCACUGGAGGAAGCCCUGACUGUGGCUUUCUCACAGGCGCUCACCAUCACGGCUGUGGAGCCCAUCAGCCUCCUGCACUCCAAGCCCUCCAAGCCCACACAGGCACGUGGAAAACUACUGCCCCUUAACACCCCUAGUGGACAGGAGAACCAGAGUCCUGAGGUUCCUGGCCCCACCCCUGAGGCACCUUCUGAACUCCUCCUGGCUGGCCCCUCUACUGAGGGAGACCUUGAAGUGGACUUUGAGAAGAUCUACAAGUACCUGUCAUCCAUCUCCCACAGCUGCCAUGGCCCUGAGCUUUCCGCAGCUGAGUCAGCUGUGGUCCUUGACCUGCUCAUGGCACUUCCUGAUGAGCUGCAUCACCUGCCUUGUGCAGCUCUGGCUGAGCAUAUGAUGGAUACAUACCUACAUCUGAUGGCCCCCCAGUCUGACCCCAGCAGUGGAAGCCUGGGACCAGGGGCUGAGGAUUGUGGAACUGGUUCUAGAGGGCAAGAGGAGGCCAGCCAGGCCACCCCUCAGGCGCCUGAGAAUGCCAGGCCCAGCAAACUGAGAUCUGCCUGGCAAGCAGCUGGGGUCUGCCCCCUGAACCCAUUUCUGGUGCCCCUGGAACUUCUGGGCCAGGUGGCCACCCCUGCGAAGUGAGGGGCCCAGCAGGCAGAGGACAUACCAGACCUCUGUGAACCCCUGGCCCUCAAUUCUGCUUAGGCUGGCACUGGGUAUUCAUGAGGAUCUGGUCAUAGUGGAAAGCCCCUGAUUCGGUGUGCAGUGCCAAGUGGCCUUUAAGAUGUUCCAUACAGCAGGGGGUCUCAGAAAUGGAAGCCCAAUUGUAUAAGAGUUCAGCCACAGAACUGAGGUGGGGGCAUCCAGAUGGCUGGGCUAAAACUACCAUCAAAUACUAUCCCCCCAUUGGUCCCUCCCCCUUCCUACAUCCUGUUGCCUAUGCCCUAUAACUGAAUAAAGUUGUCAGUCUGUC